AUUGGCUCUGGAGCGAUCAGCUGGAGCUCCAAGCUUCAGGGACUGGUUGCACAGUCGACCACAGAGGCGGAAUUCAUUGCUGCCUCGGCUGUUGCAGUUAGCAAGAAUCCAGAGCACCAUGGGCGCAUGAAGCAUCUCGAUCUUCGAUUCUUUUGGCUCAGGGACCAGGUAGAGGCUGGUGUGAUCGCGCCAGCCUACGUUCCUACUGCGGACAACGCUGCAGACAUCCUGACGAAGGCUGUUCCACCUGAGAAGGUGAAGAUUUGCUGCGGCCUGAUGGGACUAGAGGAU